AUGGCAAGUCAAGUUUCACCUACUCUCAAGACCACGCCUUCGUCACAGUUAAUCACCUUGGCAGCUGGAUGCUUCUGGGGAGUGGAGCUGUUUUUCAGAAAGCGUUACAGAGAUAACGGCAUAGUAGAUAUCAAGGUUGGAUAUGCAAAUGGUAUCAGUAGUUUCGGAAAAGUCAACUAUCAGCAAGUUUGCUCUGGUACCACUAAUUUUGCUGAAUGCGUUCAAAUAUCAUAUGAGCCAUCUGUAUUGAACCUCAAAGAGUUACUUCAAAUAUUUUUCAGAAUGCAUAAUCCUACAACUCUCAAUGCACAGGGACCAGAUGUCGGGACUCAAUAUCGGUCAGCUAUUUUCACUCACAGUGAGGAAGAUAAUAAAAUAGCAUUACAAGUAAAAGAAGAAAUGCAAAAGACUUGGUAUCCAAACCACCAAAUCACAACAAUUAUUGAGCCUAUCAGAACAUUCUAUGAUGCAGAGGAUUACCACCAGCAAUACUUGAAAAAGAAUCCUAGUGGAUAUGAAUGCCCUACUCACUUUUUGAGAACUAAGCCAAUGGCUUGA